AUGCUCCGUCUGGCUGCACGCCGCCUCGUCCGCCCGUCGCACCGCGCGCUCUCGACGACCGCGCCGCGCCGCGCGGACCCGUGGCUGCUCCCGAACACCCCCGAGCACGUCGAGAAGACGACGUCGCCGGCGAACGCGCCGCGGCCCGCGCGCCUCGACCGCCCGGGCGAGCCCGUGGAGCAGAUGCGGGCGCGGCUGGUGUACCAGAGCCGGAAGCGGGGGACGCUCGAGAGCGACUUGCUGCUGAGCACGUUUGCGCGGGAGCGGCUGGGCGGGAUGGGCGAGGGGGAGCUGAAGGAGUUCGAUCGCCUUAUGGACGAACCGGACUGGGACAUUUACUACUGGGCGACGGGAAAGAAGGCACCACCGGCACGGUGGGCUGAGUCGACGAUCCUGGAGGAGCUCAGGGUACACGCGAAGAACGAGGGCAAGGUCGUGCGUCGGAUGCCUGACCUGCAGUAG